CAGCUGCUGGAACUUCGCAAGCUGUUCUUCCCAAAGCUGGUGAGCGCCGAGCUGGGCUUGCUCUGCCUCCACUCCGUCGCUUUGGUUUCCAGGACCUUCCUCUCCAUCUAUGUGGCCGCCCUCGAUGGGAAGAUUGUGAAAAGCAUCGUGGAAAAAAAGCCCAGGAGCUUUGUCUGCAAAUUAAUCAAGUGGCUGAUGAUUGCAAUCCCGGCCACUUUCGUGAACAGCACCAUACGGUACCUGGAGUGCAAGCUGGCCCUCGCCUUCCGCACGCGCCUGGUGGAUCACGCCUAUGAGACCUACUUUGCCAACCAGACUUACUACAGAGUGAUCAGCAUGGAUGGGCGGUUGGCCAACCCCGACCAGUCCCUCACUGAGGACAUCAUGAUGUUCUCGCAGUCCGUGGCGCAUCUCUACUCCAAUCUCACCAAGCCCAUCCUGGAUGUCGUGCUCACCUCCUACACCCUCAUCCGCACAGCGCGGUCCCGGGGGGCUAACCCCAUCGGGCCCACGGUCCUGGCUGGGCUCGUCGUCUACGCUACGGCCCGCGUACUCAAAGCCUGCUCGCCCAAGUUUGGCAAGCUGGUGGCUGAGGAGGCUCAGAAGAAGGGCUAUCUGCGCUUCAUGCAUUCACGCAUCAUUGCCAACGUGGAAGAGAUCGCCUUUUACCGAGGGCACAAGGUAGAAAUGAAGCAACUGCAAAAAAGCUACAAGGCUUUGGCAGAUCAAAUGAAUCUCAUUUUGUCCAAACGUUUAUGGUACAUCAUGAUAGAGCAGUUCCUGAUGAAGUAUGUCUGGAGUAGCUGUGGUAUGAUUAUGGUCGCUGUGCCCAUCAUCACUGCAACGGGAUUUGCAGAUGGCGAAUUGGAAGAUGGCCAGAAACAAGCAAUGGUCAGUGAGAGAACAGAAGCUUUUACUACAUCACGAAACUUGCUGAUCUCUGGAGCAGACGCUAUCGAAAGGAUUAUGUCUUCCUACAAAGAGGUUACUGAGCUAGCAGGCUACACCGCCCGUGUCUACAACAUGUUUUCAGUCUUUGAUGAGGUGAAGAGGGGCAUCUACAAAAGAACUGCUGUUAUUCAAGGGUCUGAAAACAACAGCAAGAAUGAAGAUAAAGCGGAAUUGCACAUCGAUGGGCCCUUAGAAAUCAAAGGGAAAGUUAUUGACGUUGAUCAUGGAAUUAUUUGUGAAAAUGUUCCUAUUAUUACUCCGAAUGGCGAUGUGGUGGUUUCCAGACUAAACUUCAAAGUCCAGGAGGGGAUGAAUCUUUUAAUCACUGGACCCAAUGGCUGUGGAAAGAGUUCACUUUUCAGAAUUUUAAGUGGUUUGUGGCCUGUGUAUGAAGGAGUUCUCUACAAACCCCCUCCGCAGCACAUGUUUUAUAUACCACAAAG